GGAGGGCCUUCCGAUCCGGCCUCGACCAUCCUGAUCCAGCGAUGGCUUAAUAUCUCAGAACCUGGUCAAAAAGUCAAUCCUCACUGAUUUCUCUCUCCUCGGCCUCGCUUCUAAUCAUCCCACAGAGAGAGAGGGGGGAGUGGGAGAGAGAGAGGGCGAGAGGGACGAAGAAAUGCUAGAAAACCCUCCUCCCGCACAAUUACAAUCGGCAGCAACGGAUUCGCCUGCACCUGUUAAGCGCUAUGCUCCUCCGAAUCAGAGGAAUCGUUCUAACAACAGGCGCAAGUCUGCUGAUGGUCUUGAUCGAGCAAACAGUCUUGGUAAUGAUCUAGAAAAGAAUCAAUAUGCUUCAAGAAGUGUUCCAGUUACUGAUCAUGGAGAUGCUGGUGGCAGUAAUCAUAAAGAGAAUCACUAUUCAGGCCUCGUAGGAUUAGAAGGGUGUAGUAAUAGUGUAGCUUCGCAGCUUUUGAAUGAUCGUUGGACAGCUGCAAUGCAGUCCUACAAUCAUUCCAAGGAUUCAUCUGAAAAGCCAGUUAUGCACUCAGGAGGGACAGCAGCAUGGACUCAUUUAAGACUUCCUCAUCAGAUUGUGGCAUCAUCACCAGGUAAUGCCGCCUUUGUUUCACAGAUGGACUUCCUGGGAGAACUUCGCCGUCAAAUGCACAGUGCUAAUUCUGCAUUUGACUCCUGAUCAGAAGACAUGAUUUCCUUAGACAAGUUCUUGACUCAUCCUGGAUUUGCUGAACCACUUGCUGAUAUUCAAUUACCUGUGUUGUCUGAGACUAGUGCUGGUUUUGUGGUAUGUCAAACAAUAUAUAAUGUAUGUAAUAGGGGAUCCUAUCAAUAGUCUACCAUGCCCAUUUAUGCAUUGGGUAUACUAUAUGGUCCUAUGUAAUUCACAUGUUUACAUUUGCGCAUGUCUGAUUGCUACUUGCUAGUGUGAUUCCAAUUGUCUAAACAGUUUAGAUAUUGGAGCUUGCUCCUUGGUGUCUUUCAAAGAGGAAAAAUCCCUCAGAUGGUUUGGGAA